UGGUGGUGUUUAUUGUCCAUUAUCACCUCGAGAUCCACAACAUCGUCUGCAUGCACUCACACAACAAACUCAAAGUCAUCUUGUACUUAUUCAUCAUCUAACUAAGACCAAACUCGAUCAUGACAUUGUUUCACUUGAUGCAGAUUCAGUAUUAACGAGCCAUGUCACUGAAUGUGUGGUUGAUUUGAACCGACUAUCGAAAGUUACCACAUUACCAGACGAUGUCGCGUAUAUUAUUUUUACAAGUGGUUCUACUGGGACACCCAAAGCAGCUCAAACUAGGCAUCGAAAUUUCACAAAUUUCGUGCAUUCUAUACAAAAUGCUGGUGUAUUAAACGAGCAAGACAUAGUGUCACAAAUAUGUGCUCCGACAUACGAUGUACAUGUUAUGGAAAUCAUGGGUAGUUUACUUUUGUGCGCGACUGUUGUGAUGUUACAUCCCUACGGCAAUAUGGAUUUUGAAUAUUUUGCUCACACACUGCAACAUAAACAAAUCACAUGUCUUGCACCUGUUCCAACUUUCUUAAAUCAUUUAUGUGACUUUCUGGCACAAUCUAAUUACUCUCCUUUGUCAUGUGUGAGAUCACUUUGCAUUGGCGGUGAGCCAUUUUCACUAAAACUCGUUCACCGCCUCAGAAGUCAUAUUAAGAGUAAGUAUUACAUGCACAAUAUAUAUGCACCAGCUGAAUGUACUAUUGUGUCGAUAUGUCAUCGUGUCGACACUAUAUCUGUUGAGAACAACAUUCCUCUUGGUAGAGUUGUGGCCAACGAACAAUACAAGGUUCUAGAUAUUGUUUUGCAGCCUGUAGCAAUCGGAGAAGAAGGAGAAUUGUUUAUAGGUGGAGUGGGCGUAUUUGCUGGUUAUCUUGGACGUGAUGACUUAACUGCAAAAGCUCUUGUUGACAUAGAUGGUGAAUUGUUUUAUCGAACAGGUGAUCUUGUUACAAUCGAUAACAAUGGUCUUCUUCAUUAUCAAGGAAGAAAAGAUUAUCAAAUUAAAUUACAUGGACAACGAAUUGAACUUGGUGAAAUCGAACGAUGUUUACUUAAUAUCACAUCUCUAUCUGCUUGUAUUGUCAUGAAAUGGAAUGAUGAUUAUCUAGUUGCUUAUGUUCAAUCUCUUUC